AUGUUCAGACAAACAUUACGUCAGGUUGCUAAGCAAUCAUCUAUUGUGAGAAGAACCUAUGCCACGGAAGCCGGUGCAUCUGAUGGUUUAAAAUUAUCUUUAGCUUUACCUCAUCAAACUUUAUACUCUGAGUCUGAAGUUCAACAAGUUAACUUGCCAUCAGUAAAUGGUGACUUAGGUAUCUUGGCUAACCACAUUCCAAUUGUUGAGCAAUUAAGACCAGGUUUAAUUGAGAUUAUCUCCAAAGGAGGAGAGACAGAACAAUACUUUGUUAGCGGUGGUAUCGCAACAGUCCAACCCGGUAGCAAGUUGACAAUUAGUGCUAUUGAAGCAUUCAAACCAGAUCAAUUCGAUACUCAGGCUGUUAAGUCAUUAAUUGCAGAUGCCCAAAAAAGAGCCUCGUCCACUGACGAAGUUGUUGCAGCUGAAGCUAACAUCGAAUUGGAAGUUUUAGAAGCUUUACAAACUUUCGCUAAAUAA